CCUCCACUUUCCUCAGAUCGUUCCGGAAUUUGGAUUUACUUCAAAAACCUCUCCGCCAGUUCUUCUACUGCAUUUCCAGAUCUACCAAUGGCGAAGUUUGGAUUCACUGCUGUUUUGUUCUUGUUAGUUAUCUCUUUCGCUUUGGCUUCCGAUGCGCCGGAGUUUUCACCAGCGCCGGCGCCUGAAUCUGGCGGUACUAUUACUCAACCUCCAGAACUCGCUCCACCUCCGUCUCCUUCUUCUCCACCGCUGCCUGCUUCACCUCCGUCUCCAGUGGCUCCAUCGCCGUCAGAUCUACUUCCAGAGGGAUCCCCAUCUAAUCCGCCUUCACCAGCGCCGGCGCCGGCGCCGGCGGCAAGCGAUGCGAGCGACGUUAACCAAGACAAUGAUCCGGAUAAAAAGAAUGAAGAGUCUGGUGGCGGCGGUGGAAUGAGUGGAGGCACGAAGGCGGGGAUCGUGGUUGGCGUAGUAGCGGCGGCGUGUUUGGUUGGGCUGGGAGGGAUGGUUUACAAGAAGAGGCGAGACAAUAUUAGGCGAUCUCAGUACGGAUACUCAGCGAGGGAGUUACUGUGAACAGAGUCCGGAUGUACACAUUUACCGAUUAGAGAAGGUUCAUUAUUCGCUUUUAAUCUAUACAGUAUGUUUAUGUUUCGAUCAUUUUUUUUUUUCUUGAUUCUUUUUGGAUUUCCAAUUGUUUUUGCUUGAGAUAUAAUAUAUUAUCCUAUUAUUUGAUUUUCAAAUCUCGAUUUCCCUUGUUCUUCUUUCUAAUUUACCGUGUACAGUAUCACUACUGUAGUGAAUUUCAAGUGUUGCAAAUUUGCAAUAUAUUGAACUUACCCAUGAAGUCAUGAGCAAAUUUAUGAUAGUUUUUUCUUGAAAAAAAAAAAAAUAGGUAUCAGAAGAAUCCAGUGGUAGGAAGAUGACAUUUGUUUGGAGAAUGUACAAAGAAAGCAUGACCAAUCUUGUAGAAAUUUGCGUUCAAAAAAAUCUUGUAGAAAUU